UCUAUCUCUCUCGCUCUCUCUGCGUGUCGCGUCGACGCUUCGUUCAUCAUUCACCAUCUACCCAAUCGUCCCUUUCGGUUUCACUGCCAAGUAAAAAAAACACGCACGUGCUGUAGCCAGAGCAUCUUCGGAACGUGGAAUGAAUCACCGAAUAAUAAUGAUAAUUAUUGUGAAAUCUGCAUAGAUAAUAUAAGCGUGCAAUAUUUAUGUGCAUAUUAAGUAAUUGUAAUGUUAAAGGUUGAAUUUGUAUUUUGCGUAAAACCUAAUGAGACGUGAGACAAAAAAAAAUCAACACUUUGCAAGGGACGCUUCGGCAAAUAAUAAUGUUGGUGUUUGGAAUAAUUCGCUGUCUGUUUCGUGAGUCUUUGGCUUAGCAAUUGCGUGUGUGGGACGAGGGUAGAGGUGUUUCGCCUAAUUGUGUACUCGAUAAAAUAGGUCGGAGUCGUCUUUGCAGUCUGAAUUCUAGCUACAACGCACAUUGUGUGUGAAUCUCGGCUACCACGGGUUUCAUCAUCUUAAUAUACAUGUACAAUGCAAACUAUCGAAUAUACAGAUACUUAAACAAAAGGCGACAAUAACAUUCGAUAUAUGAUUAAAAUCACGCGUGUUACAAAUAACCAGCUCAUUAAGUAACACGACAACAAUCUAAUGCAACAAUCAUCUCAGAAAAAAACACAGACGAAAACACAUCAAUCGCUCUCGGCAGCAAAUCAAUUUAUUCACCACGGAAGCGAGCGGCAGUCCGUUUGUCUGGCAGCGAGGCGGCAUCAAUCAACGAUGAACGUCAGCCAAGUUGUGACUCCGCGAGAUCCGAGCAUGACGCCUCCUCAACAUCUCUCCCAGGAGCAGGAGCACUUCGAGGGAUUCCUCGUGCUCCUGUCCCUCAAGCCGAUCUUCAUCCCGCUCUACGCCCUGCUCACGCUGGUCGGCGUGUCGGGCAACCUCCUCCUCAUCUUGGUCAUCGCCAGAACCAAGCGGCUUCACAACGCCACCAACUUCUUGCUGGGCAACCUCGCGCUCUCGGACCUGCUGGUGUGCCUCACCUGCGUGCCCAUCUCCGCCGCCUUCGCCUUCGAGCCCCGGGGCUGGGUCUACGGAGCCCUGCUGUGCUACCUGGUGGCCCUGCUGCAGCCGGCCACGGUCCACGUGUCCGUGCUGUCGCUCACGGCCAUCGCGUUGGACCGCUACGUGGUGGUGGCCUACCCCAUCCGGAGGCGCGUGGCCGUGCGGUCGUGCGCGCUCACCGCGGGCUUCAUCUGGAUCGCUUCGGCCGCGCUUGCCUGCCCCGCGGCCGUCAACACGGUCUACAUCGACUUCCGCACCGAAGAACCGCAGAACACCAACGAGUCGGAGCUGGCGAUUGUGGUGUGCGAGGAGCUGUGGACCGGCCUGGAGGACCAGCGUCUCGCCUACUCGUGCGCGAUGGUGAUCGUGUCCUACUUGCUGCCCUUGCUGGCCGUGUCGGCCUCCUACUGCGCCAUCUCGCUCACCCUGCGAGGCCGGGUGCCUCCCGGCGGUGCGCACUGCACCGUCAACGCGCGCCGCACCUGGCACCAGAAGCGUCGCAAGACGUUCCGCCUGCUCGUCAUGUCCGUGGGUACAUUUGCACUCUGCUGGCUACCUUUGCAGGUGUUCAACCUCAUUCGGGAUCUCGACCCGGAGGUGACUCUCGUCAGCAAGCGCUACUUCAACGUCAUCCAGCUGUGCUGCCACUGGGUCGCCAUGAGCUCCACGUGCUGGAACCCGUUCAUCUACGCGUCGCUGCACCACAAGUUCGCGCGCGCCGUCCGCCACCGCUGCUGGGGCGGCCUCUGCCUGGCGCGCCCGCAGAGGGCCGCGCUGGCGCGGGCGGCCGCGUCCUGCCACGGCGGAGGCGGCGGCCGCUCGAUGUCACGCAGCCCCAUGGGGACGAGCUCGCUGUCCAGUAAGUCGUCGCGCUUCCACACGCCGCAGCCGAGCCACGGCGUCGUCUACAGCCUGUCGGCGGGCUCGUCGUGCGCGGCGGCGCGACUGGCCGCGGCGGUGGCCGAGGCCGAGGCCGAGGCCGCGCUCGAAGACAGCCCCGGGAGCAGUGGCGGGCGGGCUGAGGCCCCCCGGGAGCGGCGGCCGCGUGGCGCGGGCGAGAUGCCGGAAUUCACCCCGCCCGGACCGGGACCAGCACGCGAACUUCAUUCCCCAUCACUCUGCGGGGAUAAGUUCCCAUGAGGUCUUGGGCAAGCUGCGUCAGGAAUGUCCGAUGGGUCGUUGUUGUUUUGUUUUUUGCUGUUGGCACCAUCACGACCGUCGACAUCACUAUUAUUAUUAUCAUCAUAAUUUUUUUUGUGAUCAUUGCCUUCAAAAUAUUGUCAUCAUUUGAACAUUAUUGUCAUGAUUAUUAUAAUCGUCAGUCCAGUAUUAUGAUUGUCAUAUUUACACCAUCACCGUUUUCAAUACUUUAUUAUCUCUUUUUAUAAUCAGUAAAGUUUAUAUUGCAAUAAUCAUGUUCAAUAACAUGUUAGCAUCAUUAAUAUCACAUUAGAAGUUAAAACACAUCUCUGAAUGUACCAGUUUUGUGAUUUUGUGGAGUAUGCAUUUGCUAACGUUUAGUAUGUUACUCUCAUUUGACAUCAGUGUGCACAUUACAACUGGCAUUGCCGUGUUCACUAUAUACACGGUGUAUCCGUUAGGCAUUUAAUGUUUCACCCUCCGAGUGACUCGACGAAUCGUCACGAUUCAGGUCAUUAUUCUUAUUUUUUGGCUCAUUUGGUUCCCCUCGUUUUCACAUCAUAUCUCGGCCUGUCUUGUUCCAGUAGCCUGACGGUCACACAUUCUUUUGAAAUGUAAACAGUCGCGUAUGCUCUCGCAGACCAAUGCUGUUCAUAAGAAAACAUUUUUUGAGUUGGAUGUGUGUCAUAAAACCACCUCCACCCGACAGCCAAUUUGUAAAGUUUAUCACGUGGACAAUCAAUGGCGGAGCCAGGAUUUUCAUGUAGGGGGGGGCAACCCCUCCAGCAACUAAAAAUUAUAGGAGUUGUUAGUAAGUAAGGACUUGUCCCUUGCUUUUUAUUCGACGCGUGUGCGGCGAUGGCGCAGCCAUCGAUCGAGGGUCGAAUUCGAACCGUGUGCGAUCGACAUCGCGUUCGCUGAAGGUGUUGAUGCUUUCAGGGACGUCUUGUACUGUGUACGCAACUGCGCACAAUUCUGAGUCACUUGUAACUGCUUUUGCGUUACUUAUUACCAAUUAUGGACUCAGACUAUUGUCCUAUCAUCUCAUAGUGUCCCUGGCACGUAAUAAUAUGCUACACAAGUGGCAGUGGGGGUCGCAAAAUUCAGAUUUACCUAUCUUCUAUCUUCUCUUCUAUAUAUAUAAAAGUCAAAAAUUGCGUGUGGGUUUGUGGCGGGGUUUGUGUGUAGGUCUGUGGGUGUUCCUGCGCUUGACUCUCAAACGGUGGGGUUUACGUAAAAAGAAAAAAUCCAGGUACCACGCCGUAAGCCCCGCGGUUAGCAAGCGCUAUUCAUUUUCCACAUCCGUCAACUUAAAAUUAGUUUAAUUAGCAAUUUAGUGCGAUUUUUGUGUGCUGCCCUUUUAUUUAUUUAUUACACGUGCACGACCAUACCAACUCACGCACCUUUGGUGGGGGGGACGGCCCAUGGCCAGUCGCACACCUUCGGUGGGAGUGAGGGGGACAUUUUCUUUCAAUGUUAAAAAUGCUAUAAAAAUACACUAAACGCUGAUGUUUAUUCUUCAGUGUGUGAUACCCCCCCACCCUGAUACGUGCAGUUAUUACUACUAUACAGUCGCUAGAUGCUACCACUAUGGGUCGUAGAUAUUAUUGCAGAGCGGCCGGGGAGAUCGUGGCUGAGGGGGGGGGGGUGGUCAGGGGUAGCAGCCCAGCCCCAGCCUGCCAAGGUGCCAUCUCGGCCGGCUGAAUAAUCUAGGCGAGACCGGAGGCUCUGCACGGGACACGGCCUCACCACGCCACUCUGUCAGGUGAGCACUUUGUACUAUAGAGCAGGUACCACCACAGUCAGUAUGCACUGCUGUAAUAAUAGCAGGUACCACCACAGUCAGUAUGCACUGCUGUUAUAUUUUUGAGAGUAGUUUUAAAAUAUAAAUUUGAUCCGGGCAAUGCCAGGUACUUCCCGCUAGUUACUAAUAAACCCCAAUAAUCUGAUCGAAAUUAGAGAUUUCAAUCGGACCUUUGGGGGGGGGGGGGCACGUGCCACCCCACCCCCCCACUGGCUAUGCCAGUGUGGACAAUACGUACCAUUUUGUUACUACAGCACACCAGUUGUGUGUAUUGGAGAGCAAACCCACAAUUGAGUGCUCAAUUUACAUUUGACUCAAUUUACGAUUGAGUGCGUAGCAGAUUUAAUGCAUAUAUUGCAUGCGUAAGAAUCGAUUUUAAUCGAUGGGCUGAGGAAUCGUCAAGCUCGGGGUGAGAUAUUUUCCACCCAUGUGCACAACGAACUAUUACGUGCUCUGCAUGUGCUGAGAGAACACAGUUUGUAAUUAAUAUUGUAAACCGGACUAUGAGACACACUUGCCAAUUUAAUGAAUACGUGAAAUUAAAAGUAAUUACUGCGGUUGUUUGAUGCUCGAUUUUAAUGCCAAUAUUGAGAGGAUAGUGAUAUUAGCAGACAUUGGAGAUAUCACUGCUACUCUUAAAUACGAACAACAUUUUAAAAAAUGCAUACAAUUAAUCAACACGAAUGAGUGGCAAUUCCAUACCAACUGCGCGCACUUCAGCAUGAAUUUAGGAACUCUGCCAAUUUUUACCCAUCUGUCACCAAAUUAAAAAAAGCCAUUGAGCUGAAACGCUUUAGUUAUUGGAGCACUCUGCUGUAAGCUACCGUCUGGAUUGAUGAUGCAUUUAUCAAGAGGAGGUUCGUUCGUUUACGUCUCAAUCCUCUUGUCCUGGUGAGGGUCUUGGCAGCAGCGCAUUGAGAAGGGCGGUCUGGACCUCCAUUUCCCUGGUGACAGACUCUAGCUCUACAUUACUAUACACUACUACACUAUACACUGCUAUACACUGCACUACUAUACACUACACCACUAUACACUACACUAUACACUACACUGUUAUAUACAGACUCCAGCUCUUGCUGGGGAAUUCCCAAGCGUUCCCAGGCCAGCCAAGCGACAUUGUCCCAUCGCCAGCGUGCCUUGGGCCAGCCUCAGGAUCUUCGCUGAGUGGGACGUGCUGCUGCUGCCCGGUAGAGUUCCAGGGGGAAUCUACCGGGGGGCAUCCUUACAAGGUGCCCGAACCACCUCAACUGGCUCCUCUUGAUCUGCAGCAGCAUCGGCUCGACUCUGAGGCUCUCCCGGAUUCCCGAUCUCCUCGCCCGAUCACGGAGGACCCUCAUUUUGGUUCCUUGUACCCGUGACCUCAUCCUUUCGGUCAUUACCCAAAGCUCAUGGCCAUAGGUGAGGGUAGGAACGUAGUUCGACCUAUAAACUGCGAGCUUUGUUCGAGAGCUCAGCUCCCGCAUCACUCCCACCAAACGUUACAGCGCACCGAUCCGCCGGCCGAUCUCCCGCUCCCAAUUACCGUCAUUUGCGAAAGAGACCCCGAGGUACUUAAACUCCUCCACUAAGGGCAGCUUUUCCCCCAACACCAUAGGGUGACUAUCAGAGAACAGAAGAGACGGGUGAGUCACAGUGAGGAAGCUGACGGUCCAUCCACUCACACACGGCUCACUCAUACACACAGCUCACUCUCACUCACACACAAUCGCAUGCAGCUCAGAGGAGACGGGUGAGUGAGAGGUAGAGCCAUGCUCCGUCCACUGCUGCCCUGAGGGACCCCCGUGAUCUCCACUGCUGGCUUGAGGGAGAGCAGUGCUCUGUCCACUGCUGCCCUGAGGGAGAGCCAUGCUCUGUCCAUUACAUUAGUACUCGAGUUUUUUUGGUGCUUAAAUCCACUGCUGGAUGAUGGCCCACCACAUGCUGUGCGAGUGGAUCGUAAGGAUUUACUUGACCAGUCUGUUGGAGGCCGCUGCAGGCUGUGGUUGUUGGGGGGCGCUGCAGGCUGUAG